CAAGCCCAUCCAUGGCGAUUACAGAGUCUCCGUCUUCCACAUAGUUCGCUUUCGACGCCUCUCUCUCUCUCUCUCUCUCUCUCUCUCUCUCUCUCUUCAGUCGCAGAAAGAGCUCAAGAAGUCUUCCGGACGCUCCCCUCAUCUCUCCGGAACUUGGUUCUUUUGUCCCGAUGGGGACGAGGAUUGCCGCAAGAUACGUUUCUCGUAGGCUCUCGAGCAGUGGCAAGAUGCUCAGCGAGGAGGAAAAGGCUGCGGAGACUGUCUACAUCAAGAAAAUGGAACAGGAGAAGCUAGAGAAGGCUGCACGCAAGGGCCCAAAACCGGGGGAAACAUCUGGGGGAUCAGCUACCGACGCCGCACCGGGCGGGGGCAGGUCUUCAGCCACCGAGAAAGUGUCGACCGACAAGGACAGGAACUACGCAGUCCUGGCUGGUACCAUAACAGCUCUCGGCGCUCUGGGAUGGUAUCUCAAAGGCAGAUCCAAGAAGCCCGAAGAAGUGCAGGACUGAUUUGCACCGAUGGUCCCGCACCCCACCCGCCACCGGCGGCAUUGAUGUUUCGCUGUGCCAACUCCCUUACCGCAGUACUGCCUGAUUGCGGCGGUUAUAAUAAAUACUUGGAAGAAGUUUCCUUUUAUCUUCACGCAGAUCCCAUUUUCCUGUGGUCUCAGGUCUGGCUAUAACUUUUCUGGCUGACUCGGACUCUCUUUUUCUCCGGUAUGUGCAUACAAUCAUAUGAGGCUUAAGUCCAAUGUUUGGUGGGUUAGUGUUCAAGCAA